AUGUCGGCCGAGGUCACUUCGGCAAACGUUGUUGAGCAACAUCUAGAGGCGCGAAAUGAUGAAGAUUCAAGAAGUCCCUGCACUUCUCGUUUUGAGGAUAAUCUAGCGCUUUGGGUUGAAAUAACGGAACAGAGUAAAAAGCGUGAAGAUGAGCGAAUAGCCCGGAUUCGAGAAAAAGAGAGACAAGAGACGGCAAACUUGCAUAAAAGAUAUAUCGAAGAAAGACAGAAAAAAGAACAAGAGAAAAGCCAACAGCAGAGCUCAAACCGAUCGAUCAGCAAUUCACAUGGCCCGCCAGCUGCAAAACAACCCCGAACAAGCGAUGAUAAUCCGAACACUGACUGGAGACAACCGGUUCGAUCUAUGGGAGCCAGUAAUAUGACGAUGAUGGACUCAAGAUUUGACACUUUUGCAAAAGUUCCAGCUCAACAAAUGCCACAGACUAGUCAAUGCGUGCAAGCACCUUCAACAUCGGCAAUGUUUGGUGGAUUCUACAGUUCUGGAGAAUAUUCAGGAAUGAUCGCGCCCGCGGAUCAACAAUUUAACUAUGCACCACCGCAAAACGUGGCUGUACGUCUGGGUCAACGGAUACCUAGUUACGCAACUCCUCCAUCAAUGAAUGGGAGUGCGAAUUGUGAGACACCGAGCAGCAGUACCUCGACGCCGAUGAGAACUCCCUCCACUGCCACUCCACAACAACAAGCGGCCACCCCACCCGCUCUUGAGGCUCUCCCUUCAUCCUCUUCUAGUGCUGAAGAACAAUUCGAAACAAAUAUCAUUCAAAAUAUUGGUACUCUCCCGCAACUUGAUGGCAACUUGUUUGACCAGGAAGUGAUCGAUCAAACUCAAUUGGCAAAGAAAGCUCCAACCACAUCAUCAUUCACCAAUAAUAUUGAACCAAUUGUUAAUCAACCGGUUGUCAUGCAGAUGCCCGCUUGUCAAUUCCCGAUGGAACCUAUGCCCACUUUCGCCCAUUUCUCUCAAAUACCUGGGCCAUCGUAUCCGCAUGUUUACCCAGCCGAGUUCAUGGCUCAACAUCAAAUGUUCAUUCAGCAUUCGUAUCCAAAAAGAGUAUAUCCGCCCGGGUUUGCUCCAAUGUCCCAGCAGCAACAAAUGUUCCUCCAACAACAGCAAAUGAGUCACCAAAUGCAAAUGAACCAUCAAAAUGGUUAUGCGAUGGGAGUGAUGUCCGCUCAUCCAUCAGCAACCGUUCCACUUCCAAACGCUUCCCAACCACCGAAUGGAGUCUAUCCGGAAAUGCCCUACGGUGGAUAUCCACAUUUCCAA